GUGGUUUGGUUUAUUUGUUUAAUUUGUGGUUGCUUGUAUGAAUAUUAGACAGUGGUACCACCCACAUGUGGCUUUUAGCUGUCGAUCAAAAUGAUUAGGAUACCCCGUGCUUGUGUGGCUGUGUGCCUUUUCAUUGUUUUGCUCGGCGUUUUGCCUAAGUGCCUUGGAUCUGUCGAAAAUGUGGUGAAGACCUCGCCAAACACUGGCGCAUUAUUGCCAAAUGAAACUCGAGGCAUGCGUAAUUCUGAGGAUGAACUGAUCAGCUACAAGCAGCCACAGGGUACCAACCAUGAAGCUAAUGCGAAGGCUGAGGCCGCUUACAAAAAGUACCUUUCAAAGUGGCGGUUGGACAACUCGCUCCCAGUGGACAUUGAUGUUCUGUGCGAAGAGGAUAAAAUCCUCGUGACGAUUGCGUCAGACGAUGUCGAAAAUGUCCAUGUCUUUGCUCCGGAUGGCUUGCCCCUCUCCCUGUCUGAACUACCUGCCUACUGUAACAUCUUGCCAAUGAUGGUAAACGGGGACGUUCUUUUGGUAUCUCGCUUCGAUGGGUGUUUUGUCCGACCGCAGGGUUCUGCGUAUGUUCUUAACCUGCGUUGGUAUGGAAGACCCAUACAGGCGACCUGCCCCAGACACGAACCUCCGCUGAUCAUUUGUAAAAAACGCUCAAUCCAAGUUCUGUUUUUUGGGGAGAAACUCGAGGAGAAACUCUCUGUAAAUGUGAAAGGCAGGUGGCUUCCCCUGGAGAAUGCACGAGUCCAGUGCAGGUUUCGUCUCCACUCUCGUCCAGGGAUGGUGUCUCUUUCAGCACCUUACACCGGCUGUGGGAUGAGUCGUGAGAAUGGCAUCCACACCAUGAGUAUCCAGUUAGCAGAAAAGGACAUGAUUCUGUCCUGUCCAUCUGAUCCGUUGGUAGAUCACCAGUCUGCUAAAGUUCCUUCGCCGCCACAAACACCACAGCCAACAUAUGACCCCUCAACUGCCAGUGGAGCCUUGGUAUCAGAUACCCAUCUGGCAACCUCCGGUGCAAUCACUGCAGCCUCCCAAGACUCCACAGGCACUUCAGUCAGAACAGCCAGUGACUACUAAACCAGCUCAGCUGCUAGCCACAACCACUUCAGCCUUCUGAGUGGAACAGACGAUGACCAGCAAAGAUGCAGUACUGUUGUCCUAAAUGCUUUUUCAAUAAAAUUGUUUAACGUU